GCAGUUCUUUGCACUAUUUAAAAUAUUUGUAAUUCUGUGUUCAUGCAUACUUUUUCUUAAAUUUAACAUGCCUCCCCCUUCCAUAUAUGCAUGCAAAGUCUUUGUAUCUGAUCCUUUGAAAAAUCCUUUGAAAAAAAAUCUUCACAUUUUAAAAGUUCAUAGCAUAUGCUUUAUUUCCAAUUUUUUUAAAAAAUGGAAUAUAGCUGUUGGUUUAAAUACAUAUUUUUGGUACAUCUGCCCAUUCCUCAGUUGAUGAGCUGUCUUUAUCUCAGUUAUCCCAAAAGAUCUUUUUUUAUUGGAUAAGGACUGGUUCUGCUUACAGACCAGCUUCUAUAUAGAUGAUAAGCUUAUAGUGCGUAUGAUAUUUAGAUACCAUAAAGGUAAAGGUAAAGGUUCCCCUCGCACAUACGUGCUAGUCGUUGCUGACUCUAGGGGGCGGUGCUCAUCUCCGUUACAAAGCUGAAGAGCCAGCACUGUCCGAAGACGUCUCUGUGGUCAUGUGGCCGGCAUGACUCAAUGCCAAAGGCGCACGGAACGCUGUUACCUUCCCACCAAAGGUGGUCUCUAUUUUUUCUACUUGCAUUUUUAUGUGCUUUCGAAACUGCUAGGUUGGCAGAAGCUGGGACAAGUAACGGGAGCUCACCCCGUUACACGGCAGCACUAGGGAUUCGAACCGCUGAGCUGCCGACCUUUCGAUCGACAAGCUCAACGUCCUGAGCCCCUGAGCCCUUAGUUAGAUACCAUAGGCAUGAAUAUAUAAUCAUAGGCUCCAUCAUACACUUUUUCACUCUGGGAUAGCAAUAAAGCAUUAUCUGAAUUGGCUUAUGUGAAUUAGGAUACGUUUUAUUGAUGUUUUAUUCUUUAUGUUUUCUUACUAGCCUAUCUCUAGCAAUGGAAAUAAUAUAUAAAUAGUGGUGACAGUUAACUGAAGAAAAAUAUAACCAAUUACUUUAUUUAUAUGGCAAAGGAAGGCCAUGGUCUUGAUCAUUAUAAGUUUAGAUGUGCACAUUUUAUACUUGAUGGCAGAUGAAAGCUGCUAGCACUUUUGCUAUUUGAAUUGCUCUUUUAGAAAAGAGCAUAAUUUGCCCUUUCGUAAAUGUGUUUCAUGAUUGAUAUAAAGACAGUAGUCCUACUGUGAUAUCGUAAUAACAAUUUAAUGUCUUCAGCGUAGAGCCUUUAUUGGAAUGAUAUUGCGUGACAGGAUUAAUUUUGACUUUUUUUAAUAAUGUUGUACCAGAUUGUGUAUUUUUGUGGUAUUGCAUUUUGGCUGAUACAUGUGACAAUUUUAGAUUUUCAUUAUGUUCUUCAAAUUAAUGAGUGUCAUAAGAGGAAGAAUUGUCAUUACUUUAUGGAUCAUGAACUAACUUCACUUUAGUCAUAUUUUGACUCUUCAAGAAUUCUAAUUCAUACAGUCUUAAGAAAAAUCAGAUCAUUAGUCAAGUUACCAAAUAAUCCUUCUAGUUCAGGAUAGAUAUUUUGCCCUGUAUUCUAUUAGGAAUACACUAAAAGGAAUAGAAUUAAUUAGUCUUAGAAAUUAUAGUAAUAUUUUUUUAGAAUGGUUAACAUAGUGUCUUUUAAAAAAACAUUAUUUUCUCUUUCUUUCCAAAAUGAGUAUGGAAGCUUUUUAAAUGUUAGAAAUACUGGUGUAAAGUAAAGUAAAGUUGUGAUAUGUAAUAAGUUAUUGAAUUGCAUUCCUUGUUGCUGGCUACAGGAGAAUCACUGUAGUUCAGGUUUUGCACUCAAGCUUAGAUGACUGACUCAUUUUUAGUUUCCAUCCUCAGCAAAAGGUCCAAUGGAUGUUCUCCUGUACGCUGCUAAGAGAGUCCAAAGCAAUGGGUUGUUAACUUCAUCUGAUUGGCCUGAGACUGAGUUGAAUUUGUUUAAACACACCUCCUCUUCCUGUUUAGCUCCAGUUUAUUAACUCAGUCGGCCAUAGAGAGACUACCUCCUUUAGCUCCAUUGCUUUUGACUCUUUUACAGCUCAUAGGACUUCAAGAAAUAUAGAAAAAUUCUUAAAAAAAGUUUUUAAAGUGCCCAAUUGUUUUUCUUCGACUGCUGGGAGCCGGAGCGGCAAGGAAAGAGGCUCGCGCUUCACGCGCAGCCCAGCGCCGCUCAGCUGAGCCGCCUGAAGGCUGGCGGCCAUUUUUUUACACUCCAAGCCUCUCAAGCCUCGUGGAAUUGCCGGAUUGAGGAACGGACAUCGCUGGACCUCACCAAAUUGUAAGUGGAGGCCAGCGGAGCGCAGGAGAAGCUGUGGUGUCGGCUUCACGCUUGCAGGGUAGAGAUAAAGAUCCGUGGUGUCAGAGGCUAGCUCCCCCUGCCAACGCUGCAGUAAAAAGGCGCUUUAGGAGCAGUGGUGCCUGCUUCACGCCAUUUGGGGACCCCCCCCACGCAACCCCCCAGGCAGCUUUUGAAUGCUUUGAAUCCAGCUGUGGUGUCAGCUUGGUGCUAACUGGCCCUUAUUGUUUGAUCUUAUUCCAGGAUUCUCAGAUCAGGGCCACUAUAUUAUUGGGCAUAUAUUCCAAGGCCUCUGAUAACCACUAGGCCUCAUUUCCAAGAUGGCGGAUCGCAGCAGAUCUCCUUCCCGGGCUUCUGCCUCGCCCUCCCAAGGACACCUUCCUAGCGUGGCUCCUCCCCCUCACAAGAGCAGAUCCAAAUCAAGGGCUUCUGCCACCAAAUCUAAGUCUUCUACUUCUCUCCAAACCUCUGCUGCUGCAGAGAGAGAUGCCUCAAGAAGACAACAGGCCUUGGAUAGGCAAUUUGAUAAAGCAAAACAAAAAUUAGCAGAGGAAGGCAGGGAAACUUCUGUUCCACUAACUGAAGAUUCUCCUCUAUUAAAUCAGCCUGGAUGGUCUCCCACUAUCCCUAGUGGUUCAGGAGAAGACCAGGAAACAAUUUGUACAGUUUUUGGAGAUUCUUCUAGAUCCAUGCCUGAGCCUCCACAUCAGGCACCUUCUGCCACCUUCACUCCCACAGCAGCGGGAGUCUCCUACAGAGAGGACAGUAUCCCUGCCAUUCCUCAGGAUAUACGUCAUCUUAUCAUGCAAACCAUUUCUCAAGGCAUUGACAAUGGCUUCACUCAGAGAGGUUUCCCAGCUCCAUUCCCUUCGGGCAGCUCUGACCAAAGACUCCAUUCUGAUAGCCACCCACCCAGACUACGCGCACUGCGCACACGCUCUCCAACUCCUUCACACCAUAGUGAGGAUUCCUUUUUGCGGGAGGAAGACAUAGCAGAGUAUAACCUGUCUGAAGACGAAAAGUCUGCCCCAGACAAACCUGCUCCCACCGGCCUUUUUCGCCAUGAGCUUUUCUACACAUUACUACAGAAGGCAAAAGUUACAGCCAACAAAGUUACAGCCUUACACCAAUCUGAGGGAGCUUCAGAUCCAUCAGACCCCAACAAAUUCCUCUUUACUGAACCAGUCUCAGAGCAACGGGUAAUUCCUUCACCCAAGCUCUUCUUAGACACCAUCCAACGUCAAUGGGGUCACCCUGGUGCCAUUCCUAUUCCUAGUGGCUCAGACAAAAAGAUGUACACGACGGAUCAAGAUCUUGAGGACCUCCUCAAGGUUCCUACCGUAGACACCCCAAUUGCCACUUUGGCUUCUUCCUCCAACAUUAUUCCUUCAGAUGCAGCAGAGGGUCUCCGGACGGAGGACCGCAGAGCGGAACUCUCCACCCGCAAAACCCAUCAAGCGGCUUCCUGGGCUAUCAGAUCUGCCACAGCAGCCUCAUUCUUUGCUAGAACCUCUUUGAUAUGGCUCAGACAAAUGCAGGAGAGGAUUCCUCAGGAUGACUCCAGAUUACAUCAGGACAUAAAUAAAUUGGUAACGGCUGCUGAAUACACUGUGGAUGCCACCCUUAAUUCUGCAAAAUUUGCAUCCCGAGCCCUUGCCUCCAGCAUCACCUCCAGGAGGCUGUUAUGGCUCAGACAAUGGCAAGCCGACAUGAAGACCAAAUGGCGGUUAGCGGCUGCCCCAUUUAAGGGUGGAUCUCUCUUUGGUGAAGCCCUAGACCCUAUUUUAGUUGAGGGAAAGGACAAACGUAAGAUCCUUCCCUACGUCUCUAGACAUUCAGACAGACGUCCUUCUCUUCCUUACCGCAGACAGCCUUUUCGCACCCAGGAUCCCGUGUUCCAAUCCCCAGCCUAUCAACGUGCCUUCCAACCUCCCCCUGACAGGUUUCAAGACAGACAGUCCUUUCGUGACAGGACCAGGCAAUCCCAGACCAGACGUCCCUCCCGUGGAUCAGGCUUUCGACCUUAUCGCAGGAACAAAUGACUAUCCUGACCAGGAUCCCAUCGCCGGUCGUCUCACCAAGUUCGUCCCUACCUGGUCCCACACGACAACCGAUGCCUGGGUACUGCAAACCAUCACCCUUGGUCUCUCCCUCGAAUUCAAUUCAAAUCCUCUGAGGAGAUUCAUCCAAUGCCAGAUUCCCAAAGAACCCACCAAGAGGGCUCAAAUGGAAGACGAGAUUCAACACCUGCUGUCCAUCAGUGCCAUAGAACCGGUUCCCACGCCUCACCAGGGGACCGGCUUCUAUUCAAUUCUUUUCCUAGUGGACAAAAAAUCAGGCGGCACCAGAGCCAUCUUAGACCUGAAGCAACUGAACCUUCAUAUCAAAUAUCGCAGAUUCAAGAUGCACUCCCUCAAUUAAAUCUUAGGAAGCAUCAGAAGAGGGGACUAUCUAACAUCCAUUGACCUCAAGGAGGCCUAUCUACAUGUACCCAUCAGACCAGCCCACAGACGCUUUCUCAGGUUCAGUUAUGCCGGAGCCCACUUUCAAUACAGGGCCCUGCCCUUCGGUCUAUCUUCCGCUCCUCGUACCUUCACCAAGAUUCUGGAUGCUGUGGCGGCCCACCUUCGCACAAUUCCAGUAAGAAUGCAAUGUUACCUGGACGAUAUAUUGAUUUUGUCGUCUUCCGCCCAGCAGGCGUUACGGGACUUACAGGUAACAAUUCAAUCCCUACAGGAUCACGGCUUUUCGGUCAACAGAGCAAAGAGCCAUCUAGUGCCUACGACCGAAAUUGUCCAUCUGGGAGCGAGAAUCAACACCAGAUCCUGCCAGGUGUUUCUUUCCCGAGACUGUCUCCUCAACAUAAGAAACAUGACAAAAAAGGUAAAGGCACUCAAGAGGGUUCCACUUUCACUGCUCUCACAGUUAUUGGGAAAGAUGGUCUCUUGUCUGUCGAUCGUGCCCUGGGCACGUCUUCACUCACGACCCCUACAAUGGUUACUUCUCCCACACCAAAGAACAGGCAACAGCCACACCGAAAUCAGAAUUCCUCUGCCCCCAAAGGUCAGAAAGUCUCUACAGUGGUGGCUGUCUCCAGCCCUGACAAAGGGCUGCUCAUUCCAGGAACAUUGCCAUCUUGUCCUCACCACGGAUGCAAGCCUCUACGGCUGGGGUGCCCACCUAUUAGACCAGGUGACUCAGGGUCAUUGGUCCCCCAACGACCUCAAGAACGACAUCAACUGGUUGGAAAUGAGAGCUGCUCAUCUAUGUCUCAGGUACUUCCAAGCGCAGCUAUCAAACCAUCAUGUGCUACUGCUGACAGACAACACUACCACGAAGGCCCAUGUGAACCGUCAAGAAGGCACCCGAUCCCGCAUAUUGAUGAAAGAGGCUGCAGCCAUAGGCUUGUGGGCAGAAAAACAUCUUCUCUCACUACAGGCAGCCCACAUAUCCGGAGUCGCCAACACACAAGCGGAUUGGCUGAGCAGGACGACCAUCGAUCAAUCAGAGUGGCAACUGCAUCCGGAUCUGUUUCUCACGAUCACGAUCAAAUUCGGGCAACCCAUAGUAGACCUCUUUGCCAGCCCGACCAACAAACAACUUCCAAGGUUCUUCUCCAGGUUCCAAACCCCAGGAGCAGAAGGAACAGAUGCCCUACAAUGUCAGUGGCCCCGGGGCCUUCUUUAUGCCUUACCCCCGACUCCCCUUCUGCCACGGGUCAUACGAAGGAUCUUGGAACAGAAGGCAGAAGUUCUCCUCAUAGCCCCUUACUGGCCUCGACGGAGUUGGUUUGCGGAUCUGGUGAGCCUGUCCGUCAAUCCACCUUGGCGAAUUCCACCGGAUCAGAUUUCUCUACGCCAAGGAGCCAUUAUCCACCCAGAACCUCAAUGUUACCAACUAGCCGUCUGGCACUUGACAGGGAAAUACUAAGGAAAGAAAAGCAUUCCAGGGGGUCAUCUCCACCCUUCUGGCUUCUAGAUGCCCAUCCACAACGCGUAUUUAUGAGGCCACAUGGUCAUCAUUCCAUCGCUGGUGUCUUAGACAUCGAAUAGAACCUACUUCUGCCUCCAUUAGACAUAUCCUGCAAUUCCUCCAGGACGGAUUGGACAAGGGUUUAGCCACCAACACCAUCCGCCGGCAGGUUGCAGCUCUUGCCACUGUUUUAUUCUGUGACGGGACCUCCACAGUUUCUCAACACCCCCGUAUCCGACGUUUUCUGAGGGAAGCUUACAAUCUGCGACCGCCUCCGGUACACAGAUACCCUACCUGGGACCUAACCCUUGUCCUUCAGAAGCUUACGUCUUCCCCUUUUGAACCCUUGAGCUCCUCCAGUCUUAAGCUCUUAACCUUUAAAGUCGCUUUUCUCAUAGCCAUAACCUCAGCCCGCAGGAUCUCCGAGAUCACUGCCCUUUUGGUCAGGAAGGACUUAUGCAUUUUUCACUCUAACAGAGUCAUUCUCCGUUUAGACCCUACCUUUCUUCCUAAAAUAAACACAAGCUUUCAUAGGUCUCAAGAAGUCAUCUUACCGGAUUUUUGUCCUCAUCCCAAGCAUCCAUCGGAGCGUCGAUGGCACACGCUGGACGUAAGAAGGGCCCUGCGUAUUUACCUCAACAGAACAGCUCCUUUCAGGAAGACAGAAUCCCUAUUUGUUUCCUUUCAACCAAGGGCUCUGGGCACCAAAGUCUCCCCAUCCACCAUAGGCAGGUGGAUAAAGGCCUGUAUUUUCAUGGCCUACGACCAGCAGAAACACCAUCUUCCAGGCCACAUCACUGCACACUCCACCCGCAGCGCGGCCACCACAGCUGCCUGGGCCACCCAGGCCUCUAUCUUGGACAUUUGCAGAGCAGCCACGUGGGCCUCUCCUUCGCCAUUUAUUAAAAACUACAAGAUGGACCAAUUUGCCUCAGCCGAGGCCUCAUUCGGACGGAGGGUCCUGCAGCGAGUUCUUCCUGUUGCUGAGUCUUCCUAAUCUUUCUUUUCCCGCCCUAGGGAUAUUUAGCUUGGGUAUAUCCCAUUGCUUUGGACUCUCUUAGCAGCGUACAGGAGAAGGAACAUUGGCUUACCUGAAGGUUCCUUCUAUGUACGCUGCGUGAGAGUCCAACCCCUCCCUAUUUUACUUAUUGUUUUUUUCUAUAUACAGGAAUCUGGAGGUUAUUGUUCCGUUUUUUCCAGUUUUCAAAUUGAGUUCGUCUUCUCCAAUACCGCUUCUUCAUUAAUAAACUGGAAGUAAACAGGAAGAGGAGGUGUGUUUAAACAAAUUCAACUCAGUCUCAGGCCAAUCAGAUGAAGUUAACAACCCAUUGCUUUGGACUCUCACGCAGCGUACAUAGAAGGACCUUCAGGUAAGCCAAUGUUCCUUUUGACCUAGUCACUGUCUUUCAGCCCAAAUUAUUCUGCAGAGUUGUUAUGGAGAAAGGUGAAUAAAGAGAGUGAUAUCAUUGCUGCCUUAAAUGCCUGAAAGAAAGACCGUAGAAUAAACAAAUGAGAGAAAUAUUAAGGAACAGUAGCUUCAACAAUGCAGUUGGGUUAUUCUUAUUUGAGCUUUCAUUCAGUAGCCCACUAAUACAACUAAAUGGCUUUGUUAGGACUGUAGUAAUCAUUGAAAAGAUUGGCAUGCAGGAAAAUAGCAAAUUGCUUUGUUGCAUUUCAUGCUCAAAUCUGAAUUUUAAAUAUUAUCAAAAAAACUGCCCAGAAAGGAUUUGAAUUGUCCAGAAAGGUUGUGUCACUGGCUUAUUGAUAAGGAAGCUCUUUCAUGGUUAUUUCAACAUCUCUUAACCUGAAAUAGUACCAAUUUAGCUAUUUCAAUUGACAGCAAAACAUUACUGUCAAAUAUAAAUCAUCUUUCUUUGUCUAUAAAUUUCUUUAAUCACUAUUAUGUACUUUGAAGCUGAAAUAUUAGAAAUUACAUUAAAUAAUGAAAACACAGAAAUAUGAAUCAUUUGCAAAGUUUCCAAUAAUUAUAUUUUUAAAAUACAUUUUAUAUAUGAAAAGGAACAAUUUGCUGUUGGCAGUAAAAGUUAUUGGUGUUUUUUUUUAAUCUGAACGGCCAGUACAUUUAAAGAGCAUCUUUCAUGACUUGUUUCUUUUAACACAAAAUAUGUAUUAUAGUACUAUAAUUAUUCAUAUUAUUGCACUAUUUUGUCUGUGAAUGUGUAUGUAUGCACAUAUGCACAUACUGUAUAUGUCCUUGACUAGAGUAUUGUAAUAAUAAGAUCCCUUACAAUUGGUAAUUCUUGUUUUCUCUAGGGAAUUACCUGUUUACAAAAUAAGUUUUCAUUUUCUGCCAUCAUGUAUAUACUAUAAAUGUGAAGUAAUUGAAUUUGAGUAUCUUGCUUUUAGACUUUUAAGAGUUGAUGGACUAGAAAUGCAAGUAUAAAAAAAACUAAUACUGAUAGUGAAUUCAUCUAAUACUAAGAAGGCCAUUAAAACAGCCCUCUUCUAAGCUCUGGAUAUACGACCUUGAAAUAAAGUUGUAGACAACCAGGAUUAGAAAAAACAUUUGAAAUUUUCUUUGCCACAUUUAAAAAAAACACCUAAUUGCAAUAAUAUUGUACAGAAGAGUUAACUACAUUCAAGCUUGAGAAAUCCAGUGUCUGUCUACUCUGAUUUUUGAUAUUCCACCUAAAUCCUAUUUGUAGAGAAAAGACUGACAGCAUGUUGGUCAUGGUGGGAAUAUAGAAGUCUAUGAAAUAUUAAUAUUGUGUUAUGGUUUUAAUUAACAUGUGUAUUAAUAAUAGUUAAGGAGCAGAUGCUGUCAUUUGUAUUCACAUGUAUAUUGCAUUUUAGUUGUGUGAUGUUUCUUUGAUCUCAGUGAAAACUUUGUAAAGAAGGCCUAUUCAAUUGUGAAAUUUAAACUCUUGACGACUCUGUUUCAAAUUACAGCAAAACAUGAUUAAGGAGGGGGCUAUAUCUCUCUCCAGAUAAGUAAUUAACUGUUAAAAAUGUCUUUCACGCAUAGCUGUCAUUGGGUAGACAUAUUUGAUACUAUACAAUGAACUGUUGGGUAUAAUAUAAUAGCAAUUGUAAUGUUUAAUGACUCAUUAAGCAACAAGCUCCUUUGUAAGAUAAAUUUAAUAUGAAGAUUGACACUGUUCCAUUUGGCAAAAAUAAAGAAUUUUGUUCUCAGGAUAAUCUGUUAUUUUUAUAUAUCUUACUACCUAGCUGUAAAAUUGUAGUGUGAGCAGGCUAAACAUUCAAUGUAUAUUCUGCUGGCCCAUUUGUAAAAAUGUGCUAAGUAACAGCUAUAACUGAAAUUGAUGAUUAAUUAAGAAUUAUGUCACCUGUAAUGCUAUACUGCAUUCUGGAGCACUACACAGUUUGUUGGCUGUAAGUGUCUCUUGAUAGGAAGGCAAUAAGCAGAAAUUACCUUACUUUCCCUGCCCUCCAAUUUGUUCAGUUUCAUCCCACCAGUGCUUGAUGUAGCGGUUUGAACCAUAGUCGCUUUAUAUGUGUAUUAGUACAGACAUUAUUAUGCUAAUGCAGUCCUAUUUUAGUUUUGUUUUUGAGUUGGUGGUAAAAACAUUACAGGCUGUUUCUUUAUUUUUAAUAAAUAUAAAAAUAUUCUUAAUAUAUUGCAAAUCCUUGUAUUCAAUACAGCGUGUAUCAUUACAACCUAUGCCAAUGAUUAUUACUAAAAACUAAAAUCUUAUAGAAUUAAAGAAUUUUUUUUAAAAACAGAGAGCACACUGUGUUUUAAUGAUGUAUUUCUUUAAUCUGAAAUUACCAU